UUGAAAUUCGCGACUGGAGCGCUCGGUCCUGCGUCUGUGGGCGUUAUCGUCUCCUGGUAUUUGAUAUUGCGGUUCGGUCGUCGUCCCUUGUACGUGUGGACGUGCUUGGCGCUCAGCAUCCUGCUUUUGAUCAUUGGUAUCAUUGCCACUGUUUCAGAAUCUUCUGGCGCCAGCUUCGCGCAGGCUGGCAUGGUGUUGGCAUGGGAGGUCAUCUUCUACUCGACUAUUGGCCCUGUCUGCUAUGCCAUCAUCAAUGAGAUCCCUGCUGUCAGCGUUCGCUCGAAGUCCAUUUGUUCGGCACGUAUUGGGUAUCACCUCAGCCAGAUCUUCAACAUGACGUCGAUUCCAUUCAUGCUCAAUCCAACCGAAGGCAAUUGGAAAGGUAAGAUUGGGUACUUUGCUCUUGCUGGACUCGCUUUUCUCACCUUCCUGUGGUCCUACUUCGGAUUGCCAGAGACAAAAGAUCGCUCUUUUGCUGAGAUUGAACACCUGUUCGUGAACAAGGUCAAGACCCGGCAGUUCACCCAAACUAAGGUGGACACCUUCGAGGAG